UCCGUCUCAGUAUCACCUACAUCAUGCUGUCUGUACUUACCGAUUUUGGGUUUAUCCAGGAUCAAUUGAGCCUGCUUCACCUGGUCGAAAGUGGUGUCGUACUUCUCGUGAUCUGGCGCCUGUGGCGGUUCACCGUUCGUCCCUUGCUCAACCCUGACUCGCCGCGAGAGGUCCCCUAUUGGAUUCCGAGUGACAAGGACUGCAAGGGGAGCGGGGAACCAAUUGCCAUCAAUGUCUUCGGCCAGAAAAUCUACUUCAUCCUAUCUGAACAAGAUGCCACGGCCGUGCUCAGGGAACCGUCCCAGCUGACACACACGGAGCACUUGAAGAACCUUCUCAUGGGCCUUGGCUGUUCGGAAUCGGGAAUCUCGGAGAUGGAUCACGACUCCGAACCCAAGGCCCCGCCAUUGGUUCUGGUCGCAGAGGAGCUGAUGAGGAAACAGCUCCUUGAAAAGUCUUUAAGCCCGGAGAUCCUCGCUCGCUCCUUGCAGGUUCUGGAGUCCCAUAUGCGAUGGGAUCGCCUCGAAGCGCCAACCCUGCUUCAUGCAUCUGAGGAUGGGCGGGAGCGAACAAGCGAUCUGUGGAUCCUCCUGUUCAAACUACCCCGGCCAUGCGGGAAAGAGGUUCGCGUGGCCAGAGCGAGGGUGCUGCGCUGCUUGGUAGACUACAUGCGUCUGUCGCCAUCGAGCCAGCAAGAUCAAUCCUGGGCUGUCAGAAACUCCAUCACGGAGAUGCGACGCCGUGGACUGAGCGAGGACGACAUGGCGUCGUAUCUGCUGAUGGUGCUCUGGGGCGCCAACGCCAACGUCUUCAAACUCCCCUUCUGGCUCCUCGCCCACAUCUGCACCGACCAGACCCUUCUCCAAAACGUCACCACCGAAGUCACCACCCUCUUCACCCAAAGCACCGCCGCCAACGAACCACUCCCCACCCUCGCCCAGCGCCUCGAGCAAAACCCCCUCCUCUCGGCCCUCUACAACGAAACCCAGCGACUGACCAUGAACUCCAGCUCCGCGCGCAGCGUCGAGCAGCCGCUCACCAUCCACGGCCGGACCUUCCAAGCCGGCGCGCACCUGCUCGUGCCCUACCGCCAGCUCGCCAUGUCGCACCCGUUGCUCGGACGGGACUGGGAUCGCUUCCAGCCGGGGCGGUUCCUCGACCACCCGGGUCUGGCCCAGAGUAAGAGUUUCCUCCCGUUUGGCGCGGGGAAGCACAAGUGUGUGGGGCGGUAUCUGAGCAAGCGGCUGUCGCUGACGUUUGUUGCGCUGGUGGUGCAUCGAUUCCACGUGCGGGUGCUGGACGGCGUGCCGGCGGUAGGGUUCACCCCCGUCUCGUCGGGGCCCGGUGGGCCCGUGAAGGGCGGGGAUGUGCGGGUCGUGAUUUCGCCGAAGGAGGGGGGCGGCUUAUCGUAGGAGGAGAAUUGAGGUUGUUUGCGUUUGCUGGAAAUAGAUAAAUUACGCCAUGUGACUAGAGGAAUCGCCUAGGUGCGAUCUAGUUUCGGAGAUGCUCAGUGCGGGUUGCUCGAGUGUAGCUUGGAACUGCGUGAGCUCGUUAUUAUCAUCACCGGUCCAACGGGGAGGUCGGGCUAGGGAAACAGCAUAAGGUAUGUAGCUGAAGAUAAGCGGGGCUCUCAACUGCCGAAGCGAUAGGAAGUGAAAAGCGGGACAGAACGGGUAAUGUCCCCGCGAGAAGGCCCUGUAGGAAGACCCAAGCAAUAAAACUGGCAUCUGCGGC